AUGCAAGACGACAGCAUAGAAGCUUCUACUUCCAUAUCUCAACUUCUAAGAGAGAGCUAUUUAGCGGAAACUAGACAUCGGGGAAACAAUGAGAGGAGUCGAGCAGAACCUUCCUCCAACCCUUUCCAUUUUGGCAAUCCUUCUGGAGCUGCUGAAGGAGGAGGAGGUCAAGACGACCUUCCAGAUCUCUCAGCCUUCCUGAGCCAAGAAGAAUUAGAUGAAAGUGUCAAUCUGGCAAGAUUGGCCAUCAAUCACGACCCUUUGGAGAAAGCAGAUGAAGCUCAAGCUAGAAAAUGUCUUUCAUCUGAUCAAAUGAAACACUCACCUAAAUCAAGUUUUGACCCCAACUUCUGUCAGGAUAACUCUCGAGGUCCUACCAGCUCUACAGAGAGCCCGCAGGAGGCAAAAAGGCCACAGUAUAGUUCUGAAACCCAGUCCAAAAAAGUAUUCUUAAAUAAGGCUGCCGAUUUCAUUGAAGAGCUGUCCUCCCUUUUCAAAGCCCAUAGCUCCAAAAGGAUUAGACCUCGUGCCUGCAAAAACCACAAGAGUAAAUUAGAAUCUCAAAACAAACUUAUGCAGGAAAAUAGCUCCAGUUUGUCAGAUAUCUCAGAAAGAAGAGAAAGAUCUUCUGUUCCCAUUCCUAUCCCUGCAGAUACUAGGGAUAAUGAAGUGAAUCACGCCCUUGAAAGGCAGGAAGCUAAGAGGCGGGAAGCUGAGCAGGCUGCCAGUGAGGCAGCGGGUGGAGACACCACCCCUGGGUCUUCACCUUCAUCUUUGUACUAUGAAGAACCUCUGGGGCAACCUCCUCGGUUCACUCAAAAGUUACGGAGCAGAGAAGUUCCAGAAGGAACCAGAGUACAGUUGGAUUGCAUAGUGGUAGGAAUUCCACCACCUCAAGUAAGAUGGUACUGUGAAGGCAAGGAGCUUGAAAAUUCCCCAGACAUUCAAAUCGUCCAGGCAGGAAAUCUGCACUCACUGACCAUUGCUGAAGCCUUUGAAGAAGACACAGGACGCUAUUCCUGCUUUGCUUCUAACAUCUAUGGGACAGAUUCAACCUCUGCUGAGAUUUAUAUAGAAGGGGUUUCUUCUUCUGACUCAGAAGGGGACCCUAACAAGGAAGAGAUGAAUCGAAUCCAGAAGCCAAAAGAGGUGUCAUCUACUCCCACUACUUCUGCAGCCAUUCCUUCAGCAGCACCCCAAGCCCAGCAUGUGGUGGCCCAGCCCAGGGUGUCAACCAUCCAACAGUGUCAGAGUCCUACCAACUAUCUGCAAGGAUUGGAUGGAAAACCUAUCAUUGCAGCUCCUGUGUUUACAAAGAUGUUACAAAAUUUAUCAGCCUCUGAAGGUCAGCUGGUUGUCUUUGAAUGCAGAGUAAAAGGAGCUCCAUCUCCUAAAGUUGAGUGGUAUAGAGAAGGGACCUUGAUAGAAGAUUCUCCAGACUUUAGAAUUUUACAGAAAAAACCUCGAUCCAUGGCAGAACCAGAGGAGAUUUGUACUUUGGUCAUUGCUGAGGUGUUUGCAGAAGACUCUGGAUGCUUCACGUGUACUGCAAGCAACAAAUACGGCACAGUGUCAAGCAUUGCACAGCUCGCUGUAAGAGGAAAUGAAGACCUCAGAAAUAAUGAGUCUCUUCACUCAGCCAAUUCCACCACCAACCUGGCUGUUAUUGAGCAACAACCAUCCCUACCCAACCCAGAUCCCCCUUCUGUGGAACAUCCCCCUAAACCCAAACUCGAAGGAGUUCUGGUGAACCACAAUGAGCCCCGGUCCAGCUCAAGAAUUGGGCUCCGUGUGCACUUCAACCUGCCUGAAGAUGACAAAGGAAGUGAAGCAUCUUCUGAGGGUGGCGUGGUGACCACCAGCCAGACCAGGCCUGAUUCUUUCCCGGAGAGAUUCAAUGGACAGGCCGCAAGAAUCCCUGAGCCUUCUUCACCCGUCAAAGAACCCCCUCCAGUUCUGGCCAAACCCAAACUUGAUUCCAGUCAGCUCCAACAGCUUCACAACCAAGUCUUACUGGAACAACAGCAGUUGCAAAACCCAUCUCCUUCCUCUCCUAAGGAGUUUCCUUUCAACAUGAGUGUUUUGAACUCCACUGCUUCUCCGGCGGUGACAAUGUCCAGCAAGCAGGUGAAGGCCCCUUCAUCACAGACGUUCAGCUUGGCCCGGCCAAAGCAUUUCUUCCCCUCUUCAAAUACAACCACAGCAACCGUGUCCCCUUCCAGCUCUCCAGUGUUCACCCUAAGCAGCACUCCUCAAACCAUUCAGAGGACAGUGAGCAAAGAGAGCCUCUUAGUUUCUCACCCCUCCAUUCAAAACAAGUCUCUAGGAGGAGUUUCCUUCCAAAAUGAGCCACCCCCUCCAGCUCCGGUAGAGCCAGCGCCAUCGCCACUUACAUUUGCCAUCUCCAGUGGAAACCAGUUUCAGCCCCGCUGUGUUUCCCCAGCUCCUGUCUCUCCCACCAGCCGGAUUCAGAACCCAGUGGCUUUCCUCAGCUCCGUUCUUCCUUCUCUCCCUGCCAUCCCACCCACCAAUGCCAUGGGGCUGCCCAGAAGCGCACCAUCCGUGCCAUCCCAGGGACUAAUGAAGAAAAACACAAAGUCUCCCCAACCGGUGAAUGAUGAUUUCAUUCGUGAAACUAAGAAUGCGGUGAUUCUAGACUUGGGGAAAAAAAUGAAUUUCAGUGAUGUCAGAUCAAACCAGCAGGAGUACAAAAUUUCAAGCUUUGAGCAGAGGCUGAUGAAUGAAAUAGAGUUUCGCUUGGAACGUACCCCUGUUGAUGAGUCAGAUGAUGAAGUCCAACAUGACGAGAUCCCCACGGGCAAGUGUAUUGCUCCCAUCUUUGACAAAAGACUCAAGCAUUUCCGAGUUACAGAAGGCUCUCCAGUGACAUUUACCUGCAAAAUUGUUGGGAUUCCUGUUCCAAAGGUUUACUGGUUCAAAGAUGGGAAGCAGAUUUCAAAGAGAAAUGAGCACUGCAAAAUGAGGCGAGAAGGAGAUGGGACAUGCUCUCUGCACAUUGACUCCACCACCAGUGAUGACGAUGGCAACUACACUAUCAUGGCUGCCAACCCCCAGGGGAGAAUCAGCUGUUCUGGUCACUUGAUGGUACAAAGUUUGCCCAUUCGCAGUCGACUAACAUCCGCUGGUCAGUCCCACAGAGGAAGGUCCCGAGUACAAGAAAGAGACAAAGAGCCCCUACAGGAACGCUUUUUCCGACCACAUUUCCUGCAGGCUUCUGGGGAUAUGGUAGCUCACGAGGGGCGCCUCUGUCGGCUGGACUGUAAGGUGAGUGGCUUACCGCCCCCAGAGCUGACGUGGCUGCUCAAUGGCCAACCGGUGCUACCAGACGCCUCCCACAAGAUGUUGGUCAGGGAGACUGGAGUCCACUCUCUGCUCAUUGACCCGCUCACUCAACGUGACGCAGGGACCUAUACAUGCGUUGCUACCAACAAAACUGGACAGAAUUCCUUUAGUCUGGAGCUCACUGUAGUAGCCAAAGAGGUGAAGAAAGCCCCUGUGAUUCUGGAGAAACUGCAGAACAGCGGAGUUCCCGAAGGCCACCCAGUGAGGCUGGAGUGCCGGGUGAUAGGCAUGCCGCCACCCGUGUUCUACUGGAAGAAGGACAAUGAGACCAUCCCUUCCACCCGAGAGAGGAUCAGUAUGCACCAGGACACAACAGGGUAUGUCUGCCUCCUCAUUCAGCCAGCCAAGAAAUCUGACGCUGGAUGGUACACGUUGUCAGCCAAGAAUGAAGCUGGCAUCGUGUCAUGCACCGCGAGGUUGGAUAUAUACGCUCAGUGGCACCAGCAGAUCCCACCGCCCAUGUCCAUCCGGCCCGGUGGCAGUCGCUACGGAUCUCUCACCAGUAAAGGACUUGACAUUUUCUCUGCCUUCUCCUCCAUGGAAAGCACAAUGGUGUAUUCAUGCUCCUCUCGGAGUGUAGUGGAGAGUGAUGAACUUUAG